AUGAAUUCCGUAUUUUCUGCAUUUAAAUCAUCAUCGUCGUCCUCAUCGUCCUCGGGCGGAGGCAGCACCGGUGCAGCUGCGACCCCGUCCGUAGCCACCGGUGGACCAACGGUGAAUGGCGGCGGCCCCGGAAAACAUGAGUCGGCCGGCGGCAGCAGUAACGGACCGCCGCCGAAGCCACCGACCAAACUGCUGCUAAACAUCAAAACGCACCGUCCGACCGUGGUGGACCAUCCGCCCAGCGGAAGCUACGAGAAGUUGCGUCACAUCCGCGAGAUCAGCAAUCUGGUGGCGCUGGAUCACGGUGGCGGGGCGGAAACGGCGGCUACCACUCCCUCGCCGGCGGGGACGCCCGGGGACCACAGCUCCGUUACGACCACGCCGGUCCAGAGUCCAACCACCGUCAACGGGGAGCCGGGUCUCGGUGCGGUGCUGGUGGCUGGUCCGUCGAGCAGCGUCGGGCUGUGCAACGGGGCCACGACACGAAUCGUGAGCAUCGAUCAGGUCGACAGCCACCAUCACCAUCCACAGUACCGUCCACAACCACAUCAGCCACUCACAACGCAACUACCUUCCGCGCUCAGCAAUGGUGGGAGCGUCAAAGUUCCGCCUACAUCAUCAUCAUCCGCGCAACCAACAAAGGCUGACACCACGUUGAUGAUAACGAUGAUCAGCGGACUCGCCGAUAGUAGUAGAACGGCGGUCCCGACAAGUGAUAGCAGUUCCCAGCAGCUGCAACAGAAGAAGAAGAACCACGGAGCGUCCUCGUCUACUGCGCUGUUGGCCAUUAAGCCGCCCUCGGGCGCCUCAUCAUCUUCCAGCAGCAACGGUGGUGUGGUGGCCAGUUCCUCGAUGCCAACGCGAUUCCACAAACCCAGGCUUAGUUUGAGCAACAGCUGUGGCCUCACGACCUCCAGUAUGCCCUCCGUGCACGGUCGAACGGGUCCUGCGGCGAGUGGCGGAACGGCCGCAGGAGGAAUGCCACCGCCAAAGACGAGACUUUCAACGCACCAAAGGAAUCUUAGCUUAGACUUUAGAUCAAUGGGAAUCCUAUUACCUCCGGUUUCGCAAGUGACCAACACACGUAUCAACAUGACGCAACAUCACCGGAACCGAAGUUUGGACAGUGCCCUGCAGCGAAUACCGGAGGUCGAAGUGUCCUCACCGAGUGCCGAAUCGGAAAACACGCUGCACUGCACGAACGCGAUCCUGAGCGGCACGAUGUGCAGUAAAAUCAUCCAGGCUUCGUCCACCAACCCGACCAAUACACCCAACAUUACCUGUAGGGGAUCGACCAGUGUGGUCAGCGGUAGCGUUUCAGUGACCAGUUCCGUGUCGGGUGACGGUACAGGCGAUAGAAUGAGUGUUGCACCGGUCUGCAGCCGGCAGCAGCUUAAUGGAAAGCUCGAUGUACUGGAACAAGGAACUGCAAUGCUGCGGACACUCAAGGGAGAUCACUCGGUAGAUCCGGAAGGUAUGGCGAGAGUGAAAGAUAGUGAUAGCAAAAAGCGUGAGGAUCUGACAAGCCUCGGGUCGGACGAUUCCGGUAUCAUCUGCGGCUCGGAACCGGACCAUACCUCACUGACGCGCAUCCGACGGUCCAGGGAGAGCCUCGACUCGGGCGAAAUUGAUCCGUCCGAAGAGGAGUGCAUCGAAAUACUGGAAACCACCUCGAUGGAAGAAGAGUACCGCAUGCUACAGUCGGACCUGUGCUUCUACCCGACGAGCAUGUUGGUGGAGGCUUCGAUUGAAGCGGGCGAAGCGAAAGACGGUGACGCUCUGGCUGAUCAGUCGGCGGCCUCAGUUAGCGACAAGGUCCGUUAUCGGCAACGGAACAUGACCCGGGCCGCGAUCAUGCUCGAAACGCUGUGCGUACCGAUCGACUAUGAGGAUGGCGUCGAGCAGCAGCAGCAGCAGGUUGAUGGCAGCAGAUGCAGUGAUGACGACGCUCCGACGCCAAUCAACGGCGAAGGGAAAUCCUUAACAACGCCCACCAAUGCCUUGACGCCCGUUUUGCCCGCCACCAGCGGAACAAUUGUGCCAACCCCAGCAUGCGAAAGCGCCACUGUAGCGGAGAGUGGCACCGGAACCGGAAAUCAAAGAUCUUCCCAAAACGAUCAGCAGCAGCACGGCAAAGCGGACCAAAAGAAUGAAGUGAUCUUUCGGAACUUUUUUGGGGCCACCAAGAACGCGAUCUUCCGGACGGCUCAGAGCAUCAUCGAUAAUCACGAGAAGAAGCAUGCGAAAAAUCGAGAAAAGCAAUCCGUCGUGGCCACAGACGAUGGCACAGGAACGGUACCAUCAUCGAGUCCGGCAGUCGCCAGUGCGAUGGCGACAGUAAAGUCUCCGACCGAGAUCUCUCGAAAGCGCGAGUUUGGGAGCAUGUUUGGCUCGCGCAGCAGCAAGCAGCAGAGUAUCAGCACUUCGACGGCAUCAACCACCACCCCGGCAGUAACAGCAACCGUGGUGGUGGAGAUCACCGCCGAAGCACCAGCUUGCACGCUGACAGAGCCAAAACUCCCCCCGGCACCGGCAUGUGAUAGAAACGGUACGGCGGGCAGUGGGCUGCUGGAACCCAAAGCGUCACUCUCGAAGUCAUCGUCCAGCGCAUCGUUGAAGCUCGUGCCCGGAGUGGCCGUGGCCGCCGGUUCGACCAGCGCUAGUAGUAGUGGUGCUGUUGGUGUUGGCUGCCCAUCCAACGGAGGUUGCAGUCCACGGGAUGAGUCACAAAUACGCACCGAGCGCACGGGGCAGUCCGGGCUGCUGCGGUUCUUCGAGUCACCCGUCUUCAACAUACACUUUGCCGUCCACUAUCUGUUCUACUCGAAAGAACCGGGCGUGCUGAGCUUCAUCGGCAACAAGAUUUUCAGCUUCCCGAACGGGGACGUCGAUCUGUACAUUCCGCAGCUAAUGGUGAUGUACAUGCAGAUCGAGGAGCUGUCGGAGGUGCUGGAUCCGUACCUCGUGUACCGGUGCCGUCAGUCGGUCGACUUUUCGCUCAAGUGCGUCUGGCUGCUGGAGGCGUACAACUUCAACAUGGAAAUGCUUAGCGCCGGCGGCAGCAGCAUGCGCAAACAUCUGACCCUUCUGCGCGAACUGUACCCCAAGCGGGAGCGCGUCAAGACGAUGUUGGGCUCGCAGCAGCAGCAUCACCGAAACGGACUAAAGACGGAGGAAGGCGAUCAACAGGACGCAGCGUCGACGACGACGACGUCGUUGGCUGCGAGCAACUCACUGUCGGCGGUACGGAAAACGCACCACCGAUCGCAAUCCGAUGCGACCGGUAUGAUGGGCAUGCUGUCCAAUCUGCUGCACGCGCAUCAAACCUUCCACCACGCGAUCAGCAGCAGCCGGCCAGUGUGCCUGGGUGACCUGAGUACGGGCCGUGCCUUCGACAAUGGGUGCGUUUGCUUCGAAUCGGUUCGCGGCACCGUCAAUGAUCUACUCGGCCAGCAGACAGUCUGUUCAUGUGGCGCUCCGAAGCUGGCACCCGAGAAGGAGUUUAUGAAGUCCCUGAUCGACAUCGGCAAGAUGCUGACCUGCCUGCAGACGAAGAUCGAAAAAACGAGCCGGCUGCGGAUACUGCUGAAUCUGAUCAACAAGAAUCUGCCCGCCCGGGUCUGGUUGCCGUUGCACUCGGAGACGCCGCACCACGUGGUGCGCAUCACGGAGGAGAAAACGGCUGUCCUCAACUCGAAGGACAAAACACCGUACAUCAUCUACGUGGAAGUGGUGGAGGUGAACGACAUCUACACCUCGCCCGUCAUCCCGAAGCUGAUGCCGACGCUGCGGCACACCAAAAGCGAGGAAAGGCUGGACAGUAGUAGUAGUGGUGGCGGUGGCACCGGCGGCAUGGGUGAUGCUGCCACAGCUGUUGCUGCACCUUCCAGUAGCACACCUCGCGAACCCUCGAAGACUGAUAGCCAAACAACAAACGAGCCGGCAGUGGCUGUCCCCGCGACACGGCACACCACCAAAUCAUCAGAGUGUUCGGCAGAAAACAAUGGUGGUGGGGUUGGCACCGGCAGCGGCAGCAUGAUGAUGGAGCUCGGGCUCACGGAGGACGACGUGUGGUCGCAGGAGGAUGACGAAAUUACGGCCCAGUAUCUGAGUCUAACGAAAAUGUCCACCGAUCGGGACACCAUUUCCCAGUUUUCCGUCGAUUCGUACGACUCCCGGGAGCACAGCACUCCAACGCUGUUCAACAUUGGUGAGGUAAAGAAGCGUCACUGUGCCAAUCUCAACUCGGAAAAUGCGAAACCGUUCAGCAACGAUCCGUCGGAUCCGUCGGCGGCAGCCCUCAAGGAACCGUGGCACGAGAAAGAGAAACAGAUCCGCGACUCGUCCCCGUACGGUCAUCUGCAGAACUGGAAGCUACUUUCAGCGAUCGUCAAGUGUGGGGACGAUCUGCGCCAAGAGCUGAUGGCCACACAGCUGCUGCAGAUGUUUAAGCUGAUCUGGGACGAAGAGAAGGUGGACCUGUGGGUACGCCCGUACCGGAUCGUUUGCCUUUCCAACGAUUCGGGACUGAUCGAAACGAUCGUCAACACCGUGUCGCUGCACCAGAUUAAAAAGAAUUCCAACAAAAGCCUGAAGGACUACUUCGUCGACGAGUACGGUGCGCCCGAAUCGGCACCAUUCCGGCGGGCCCAGCGCAACUUUAUGCAGUCCUGUGCAGCGUACUGUCUGAUCUCAUAUCUGCUGCAGGUUAAGGAUCGACACAAUGGCAACAUUCUGCUGCACUCCGACGGGCACCUGAUUCACAUCGACUUUGGAUUCAUACUGAGCAUAUCGCCAAAAAAUCUAGGUUUUGAGCAGUCACCAUUCAAGCUGACUCCGGAGUUUGUCGACGUGAUGGGUGGCCCGGAAUCGGAGCUCUACACCGAGUUCAAGUAUCUGCUACUCGACGGCCUGAAGGCGGCCCGCAAGCACAUGGACCGAAUCAUCAACAUUGUAGAAAUUAUGCGUAGCAGUUCGCAGUUGCCCUGCUUCAAGAACGGUUGCUCCGGCACGGUACGCAAUCUGCGGAACCGCUUCCAUAUGAAUCUGACCGAGCAGGAGCUGGACCGGAAGGUGGAGCAGCUGAUCCAGGAUUCGCUCAACUCGCUCUCGACCAAGCUGUACGAUGGCUACCAGUACAUCACGAACGGCAUUUUGUGAGAGCGAUUCUACAUGAAAAUCUGAACUCUGACGGCGGACAACGAUCACGACAGCGUAUUAUUGGAUGUGUGAGGAUUGAACCGAAUCGGAUUGUAGGUGUGUGUGUGUGUGUGUGUGAAGCAAAAAGUGGCAACAAGAGUACAAAUUGAUUACGAAUGGGACGGAAUGGGAUGGAAAAACUUUCGGAUGGCCACUACUACACCGCCACCACCACUGCCAGUUGGAGCUUGGGCUUAGGUUUUUUUUUCCUCUUUUCGGUUUCGCAGAGAAUUUCUUUGUCUUCUCAUAUCAUAUUUAUUAACAAACGGAGUUUAUAUUUGUAUUUUUCGGCGGAUCAUCUUAUUACCAUUCGUCGCGUGUUGGUAUGAGAAUUUCCUCGAGCCAAAACGGACGUCCGGAAGUUCCGGUCGCGUCUCCGGAUUCGUUUAGCAAUAAAUGGCAGAAAAUCUCAUUUCUGUCGCCCUCCAUUCUUUUGGCCCAAUCCUGCAGUUUGGGUCCUUAUUUUUUGUAAAUAUACCUAUUCUUUGUACAUACUUGGCUUGCGUAGGAGAUCGCGCGGGCUGAUACGCAGCGAAGAGAGCAGGAAAGAAAAUCAAAAACCCGUUCCCUCGUAAGAGAGGAAACCUGUGACAAAAUCCGAAUGCGAAAUGCGGGGUAAAGUGAGGUAGGAAUCCUAGUUUAAACAAUGUACUCGAUCGCGAUCGACGAAAACACUCAAAAGUCGGAACACGCAAUACUGACGCGCGGGAAGAAAAUGAAACAAAAAACAAAAUAGAUAGCUUUUGUAAGAGGAAAAUCAACCGUUUUAAUCUUAAACAAGAAUAACUCUUGAACUCAUUUCAUCUCAUUAUAUUGAUAUAGAGCUAGCUCUGGAGGGUGUCCACCGCCCCGUGGGUCGUAUAUGGGCGUGUAAAGUGUGUAAUAUAAAAAUUCGGAUUACUUCUGGCACCACACCUCUCAUCUCACAGUGGCUCACAACAAACGGGGCACGGAGCGGCCUUGCUUGUUUGUUACGUUACGUUUGUCAGGGGCUAACCAACCUCUAUCUUUCCGCCACCCGCCAACCGGGCGACCCCAUGUAUACCACUUUUCGCCCUGUUCUCGCAUAGAAUUAGCAAGUAAUCCACGAAACCGGAACCAGAACUGUUAAACGAGAAAAUGACAGAGCGGGAAUGGCAAAAGCUUUGAGCUUUCCACAAUCCAUUGUAAAGAGAAAGAGAGUAGCUAAGGGAAUAACUAAUUAAGGCAAAAAGAGAGCGAGAGAGCGCGGAGAGAGAGAACCUAGAAAAAUAUGGGGGGCGAAUGAAACGGGCCAGAGUGUGUGUGCGUGUCUGUGUUGUAUAUUUUAAAAGGAAAAGCACUCCCUAGCGUUCAUCUGUGUCCGGAAGUUGACCCAGAUCCAUGGCCGGCUGGGUGCCGGGUCGGGAACGAAACACAAACUCUUCUCUUUCUCUGCUCUACGCAUCUCGUCGCUUUACUUGUUCCGUUUUCUGUCUGUCAAAACUUUGGCUCAAAGGCUACUUCGGUUUGGCAUAAAAGUGAUUCGAGAAAAUCGACACAAAACACAAUACUCAGUCCACCGGCCGGCGCGAAAGAGACCCAGAGAGAAAGAAAGAAAAAAAGAGAGCGAGUGCGAGAUGGGAGCAUCCUUGGAUCAACAUUAGCGGCAAGGGUUUUGUAAACAUUUAUAAUUAACUAGCGUAAAAGCCAACGUUUACACCAUGUGCUAUAAUAUACAACACAUACUCUGAUAGACGUUCCGUGCGGGCACUGUACUGGUUGUAUAAUUUGCGCCAAUGUCCCUCCGGUGGGUGGUGAUGGCUCUUUCAGUUGCGCCUCCAUUUAAGUGUAAACCCAAACCCUACACUUCUUAAGCCACCACCACUCGGGCAAGAUUGCCGGCACUCACUACUGUACAGAUCUGCAUGAGUAUCGAUAAAAAAGGAAGGUUACAGCAGCAGAACACACUACAAAACGUAUAUUGUAAUUGUAUGAUAUGUGCGGAGUCAGCAAAAGCUGUAGGAAUAUAGACAAAGCACCGAUCGCGCACGGGCGAUCAUCAACCGGAGCGUGCGCCCGUGAAGCGUGAUUGUGAGACUCAGCUAAGAUUACUGUAAUUAUUAUUAUUAAAUUACUACUACUACCGCUACUACUACUACUACCAUUAUUAUUAUUAUUAUUAUUAUUAUACAUCUAUUGCUACUGUAAUAAUAAUGAUGAUCGCCAUAACCGAUCGUAGCCGCAGCCGCAUGCGCAUAUAUGACCCGGGGACGACGUCCUCGGUCGUAGGGGAGGUGAACAAGAAGCAACCGGAACUGGAAGUAACUAAAAAAACCACAAGGGAGCUAACGAGAUAUACAGACACACACUCCGACAGACAGAAACACCCACACACACUCUAGAUAAGAUAGAUAAUGUGUACGCGCGCACCGGGGAAAGCGAACGAGCGCGGGGAGAGCAAAUUUUG